CACUGUCAUCACAGAGAGGCUUGGACACUUCCUCUGCCUACUUGUUUGAUCUGCUGCACAAGUCGCUGUUCGAAAAUGAUGCGGCCAAGAGAUUUAGGCCAGGGCUCUGGCACUAAGACCUUCCUAGAUGCCAUGCAUGAUGGUAAAGUCCACUUAGCACGCUUCAUCCUGGACGCUUUGGAUGGACGCAUCAUCAAUUCAAAGACCGAAAACGGCCGAACCCUUCUCAUGCACUCUGUCUGCCUGCAAGAGCCGGCGACCAGAACCAAGUUCACCCAGAUGCUGCUGGAAAAAGGGGCAAAUGUCAACUGCCAGGAUCGGGACGGCCGCACAGCCCUGAGCCAAGCCUGUGAGAUGGGUCAUCUAGAUGUGGUCAAACUUCUUGUGCAGUUCAAUGCUGAUCCAGAUGUCUCUGACGCCUGGGGUAACAAUGCUCUUAUGUAUGCUGCCUUUUCUGGACACAGCCAGGUUCUGGAGUUCCUGGUCAGGGCUUUCAAAAGACUGGGAGUGAGGUUGGACAGGACCAAUAACGCCGGGCACUCAGCUAUUGAGGUGGCAAACUUCUUUGGACACAACCAGUGUGUCCAGAUUUUAAACUUCCCUUGCAGGAAAGUUGCCAGAGAUGAUGCACUUGUUGAUCUGGGUACCGCUGUUGAAGGAGAGCGCCGCCCGCCCAACAGGCUGCCCAGGCAUGUUCUGGAGAGGUUCUCCAAGCAGCUGACCCACGAUGACCAACUGCCAGGCGUGUUUCAGAGACAGAUGAAGACCGGCGAUGGCAGCGGACUGUUGAACCGCUUCAGAUGUCCCAGGAGCCAGUCUCAAGAGGACAAUCAUCGCCACAGCUGGGCUUUGCUUCCUCAAGUAGAGAAAAGCCAGACCGAGAGGGAUCACAGCAUUUUCUUUGUUGCCAAACAACUACAAAACUGCCAGCUCAGAGAGCUGAGGGGAGCGAAAAUCCUGAACUCUGUUCCUGAGCCAAACCAGAAUGAUGUCAGCCAAGAUACUAGACUGCCAGUGCAAACACCAGAGAGUUUUCCUCUCUGGGGAAAGGCAAAGUCAUUUAACCUGGACCUUGUGAGCAGCAGAAAGCAGUCCUAUCAGGGUGAUGCGCGUGACAUGAGUCUUUCAGCCAGCAAAUUAAAGAGAGCCUCACUACAGGAUGAGCGAUGCCUUAUAGACAAGAUGGAAUGUCAAGGGAACACCCAGGGCCUGACAAACGACUCCGGCAAAAUUGUGUCCGUGCCAAAACCUCUUUUAAACAGCAAGGGUCAGCCUGUGAAAGUACUCCCGGAGAAUGUCAAAUCACAGAAUGAAGAGGCCAAUGACACGGCUGCGACUAGCAGAAGAGAGCAGCAGAAGAGAGGCAGCCUUGGCUCGACUACCAGACACAACAAACUACUUUUUGCCAGGGGGGAAAUCGAGUCGGAAAAGAUCCCGGGCCGUGCCCCGGGGUUCAUGGGCCUGGGGACGAGGCUGCUGCGUCGAUUCACCGCACCAGAGUUUAUGAGGAUGGUGAUAGACUGUUCGUCUAGCUCGUCCAAGGGAAGAGGUCAGAUGUCCCGUUCUGAAACCUUUCCUUUUUCACACACCCACCAGCAGGUCAACAGUCAGCCCAGCGUCGACAGCAUCAGCGCUGUGAAAUGUGAGUUCGAAAGCUACUCGUCUCAGUCCACCCUUGAUUAGACAGAGGACAACGUCCAACAGGAGAAAUAGCUUUUUAUUGCAUUUGUAAUUUCUAAUAUUGCAGUUUAAGUGCUUGGUGAACUAGCCUGUACUUGAGGGAAAUAAAAAUCCUUUGCUUUUG